CGUGCAGCGGGAGCGCACUGCAGCGCAUCCGUCUUUGUCUCAAUCUAGUCAAGUGUCCGCUCUGACAACACCUAACAGCAGACCGCGCAUUCCCUCCCCCAAACACCUGGAUGGACACAGCGUGGAUGCGAGUCUCUCCCCCCGCUGCUUUUACGCACUGUCUUAGAACUCCCCGUGCGCAGAGGGACUGCGUGCCUUUUCUACGGAGAUCGUGAAGCUGGGGGGGCAGACCAGGACUCCGGAGCCAUGUGGACAGCGGACGCGUCCUCUGGAGCGAACACCGGAGGCAAAGGCACACUUUAGACAGAGAGCGUUGCUGCGCUUUCCUGCAAAUAUAAGCCCUUCUAGCCAAACCCACACAGACGAGAUGGUAGAGAAUGGCCGCACCUGACCUCCUUGACCCAAAGGCAGCUGUCCACAACUCCAAGCCUCGACUGUCGUUCUCUGCAAAACCAGUGGUGCUGAACACUCCCGAGGAUGAGUGCGACACACGGACCACAGUCAUGAGGUGGAAAACUGUGUCGGCCAUCUUCUUCCUGGUGGUGCUGUACCUCAUCAUCGGAGCAACCGUAUUCCGAGCUCUGGAGCAGCCGCACGAAAGCUCCCAGAAACUGGCCAUUCUGGCGGAAAAACUGGAGUUCUUGGCCUUGCACAGCUGCGUGAACUCAACGGAGCUGGAGGAUCUUGUCAAGCAAGUGGUAUCAGCAGUUCGAGCAGGAGUAAACCCAUCAGGAAAUUUGUCCAAUCAGACGAGCCUGUGGGACCUCAGUUCCUCCUUUUUCUUUGCUGGGACUGUUAUCACCACAAUCGGAUUUGGGAACAUCUCCCCCCACACAGAAGGAGGGCGGAUCUUCUGUAUCCUCUAUGCACUGCUGGGCAUCCCCCUGUUUGGAUUCUUGCUGGCUGGCGUCGGGGACCAGUUGGGAACUAUUUUUGGGAAGGCCAUCGCCAAAGUCGAGAAGAUGAUUGUGAAGUGGAAAGUCAGCCAGACAAAGAUCCGUGUCAUCUCCACCCUGCUCUUCAUCUUGUUCGGGUGCCUCAUCUUUGUGGCCCUGCCAGCUGUCAUAUUCAAGCAUAUUGAGGGCUGGAGCACACUUGAGUCUAUCUACUUCGUCGUCAUCACCCUCACCACCAUUGGUUUCGGAGACUUUGUGGCCGGAGAAAAGGGUCAUCUGACAGAGGGUGGUUCAGAGAGUCUGGAGUACCUGGACUACUACAAGCCAGUGGUGUGGUUCUGGAUCCUGGUGGGCUUGGCGUACUUUGCAGCUGUGCUGAGCAUGAUCGGAGACUGGUUCAGGGUCAUCUCAAAGAAAACGAAAGAGGAAGUCGGGGAGUUUCGUGCCCACGCGGCUGAGUGGACAGCGAACGUGUCGGCGGAGUUCAAAGAGACCCGCAGGCGGCUCAGCGUCGACAUCUACGACAGGUUCCAGCGGGCCGCGUCCAUCAAGCGCAAGCUGUCGUCCGAGCUGGGAAUUAACGCCUCCAUGAACCAGGAGAUGACCCCCGGCAAGAGGACGCUGUCCGCCAACCUGUGUGAGGACAAGGACGCGUACCCCUCCUUGACGCUCUCUCUGAGUCCCGUCCCGGGGGCUCUCACCAGGAACGGCAGCUUAUAUCUGAACGGCCUCAGUCCAGAUUACGCCGAUCGGCAGGAGAUCGCCAUCAUCGAAAACCUCAAAUGAGGCGCCGCUUAAUGAGAUUCACUGUAGUGAGUACAACAGCUUGGAGACUGAAAACAAACCACAGGCUUCAGCGAUCAUUCACCGAUGCCAGACGCUGAUGAGGUACCUGAAUGGAGCAGAUUGGCGUUCCAGUGAUUUAAGCACCUAAGCACAGAUCAUUCGUCAAGCUGUCCACGUUUAUCCAUGUUUAUCUCUUGCGCGGAUGAAAAACAGAUUGGAUUAAAUCUAUAGAGGAAGUCAGACUUUACCGAAGCUGUCUUUGUUACUGAGCCAAAACCAACGGGACUGAAUUUGAGGCGGGACACUCAAACGCUGCUUAAGCUGGGAAAUAAAAGUCGAUCCUGAGGCCGCAGCACACUAGUUUUUUUUUUCACGUUACCCUGGAAAACGCUAAACGUAAGAAGCAAUAGAAGGAUCUGUGCUCGCCUCGUGACUGCAACCCUAAAACUGGACCGGAUCGAGGAUCCUAAUUGUUAAAAAACGCCAAAUUAUCAGCGCUGGAUCUACCCCGUGUUUCUCUACAGGCAGAAAUGCUGGAAGAAAUCUUCCUUUUUUCUCAUCCUUCAUCGAAUUAUUCUGACUUUUUCUGCCAUGCAUUUGCCACUUAAUCAACCCUUUACUAAAGAGACGAAUGUUGACAUUAUAGUUUCUUCAUGAAACUAUUCAUCCUAAGGAAUAAUCCACUGGUGCCUUAUUGAAAACAACACUGGACAUGUGACGGCAAUGAAAGACUCGUUCGUCUACGCAAAUGUGUUCAAUUUAAAGUAGUAGUAGUAGGGACAUUUUUGGAGUGCAUCCUGGACAUCUGAAGAAUUUUCUAAACUCUUAUUAAUUAUUCUAAUGAAUGUUUAUAAAUGAAAGUGGAGAGCUUAAUCUUUUAGAACUUAAUGAGUCUUCUUGGUACCCUACAGUGUUUCCCUCAUCAAAAUCCAACCUUCCCCAAAACCAAAGUAUCACCUGCUUCAGUCUUGGGUCUGAUUUUUUUUUUCUAUACUUAAUUUUUUUGCAAGAUUUCCUUGACGAAUUGUAGUGUUUUCGCCAUAAGAAUAAAACACACAGCUUUGUAUGUUGAUCACUUGUUUUGUUUUACAAAGAACCUAAUGCAUAUAUAGUGCCUUGCAAAAGCAUAAUUAUACCUUGACCUUUGUCACAUUAUAACACGGUUUUCGAUUUCUCUUUAGAAGUAGAUAACCUAAAAUUGUGGCGUGCUUUUGCAUUCAGCCCACAGGAGUCAACAUAUUUUCCUGAACACCCCCACCCCCCUUGAUGCAGUUGCAGCUGCACGUCAUUUCAGCCAUGAGUCUACCAGCUAUUCGCGCUUAAAAAACACUUUUAACCCCUGUUUAUUUUAUUUUUUUAUUUUCUAUUUAAUUUUAUUUUGUUUUA